GUUGGUCGACGUCGAAGUAAUCGAUCGAUGAGCGAACGGAAUAAAACGCGAAAGGUUUACGGUUGCGACCGCGAGAUGUCAGAACUCGAGGAUGCUAGGAGGACAGGGAAACGCCGUGCGCGGCUCGCAUCGUCCGUCAGAGUAAACACAAGCACGAGCAUAGGCAUAAGCAAAAGCAAAAGCACGAGCACGAACUCGGGCGAGAGAGGCGCCUCGUGUUGUACCGCCGCACUGCUCUACCGCUGUACCACCACCGCCAGUCUGCCAGUAGUGGCAGAUAUUUUUUGACGAGUGUUUAGACAGAAAAAUAUUCAAAGGAGAAAGCAAACGGCGAAACAGCAAACAGUGUCGGGAGAGUGAGAGGCGAGGCGACGCGACGCGACGCGACGCGCGACCAUCAAUCGGACAAAGUAAUGAUAUGUGUGGAGGAUAUAGAACAGCGGUGAGAAGAGGGCAUCAUCGGUGAGGACAUUGUCAAGACGCUUAAUGUGCGCGGUGCGGGCGCGUGGUACGCUCGAGGCGGCCACAAAUGAAGAAGAGGGAAGCCACGGCGAGGGUGGUAGAGAGGGAAGAUGUCGAGUGGCUCGGCCUCAAAGCUUGUGAACGGUCAGAAUAAGAAGGAGAACGUUCACGCGUACAAGUACGGGAACAGGAAGGGGAACGAGAGCGGCGCUGCUGGCAGCACUGCCUCUUCCAUAGUUGUUCUCGCUGGUGGUGAUACUAGUAACAGUAACAGUAACAGUAACGCUACUACUCUUGAUGCCGCUCCUAGAACUCGUGUUGAUGCUUCUAGUAUUAACAUCGCCGACAAUUUUGGUAGUGACAGUGGUAAUGAUAGAGCCUGUUUCUCUGGUAGUUGCGGCGACGGUGACAGCGGUAGUAAUAGCGGUGUCUGUGUUAUCGGCUUGACCGCCGGGGGCGUCGUCGGCAGCGUGGAGUACCACGACGUAAACUCUGCUUUCAAGGAGGAGGAGGAGGAGGAGGAUCAAGACGAUCAAACCGAGACAAACGACGAAACGGAGCUGUGUGAAACCGAGUUUCAGGACCCGUACCCGGGUACGUGUAUCGAGGCACCAAUCGUUAAUUUGACCGCCACCACUACCAACGCUACCGAUACCACCACCACUACCAUCUUUACUAUCAUCGAGCACGACGAUCAAACGACCACGGCCGUUUCUGCCGCUACCUCUUGUUACGAGGGAGACGAGGAAGAGGACAACGAGGAGGACGACGACAACAUGGUUGCGGCGAUGAACGAACACUUGUCCACCACGUCGGCCACCAGCGGCGUUCGGAGUAGCACGGUAUCGACGACCAGUACAGCUGCCAAUUCCGUUCUCAAUCAGAACAACAACAGUUGUUCUCGCAAUGAAUUCCAGAACGUCGACGAAAACGGCAAACCGGCCGCUGGAAUACUCAGUUUUCCCUGUGAUUUCGAUCACAUGUACGCCAGCAUGACAGACGGCGGAGCCCCGGCAGCUGCCACUGCCACCUCCGCUCUCGGUGUCAGCCCUCUUCGGGGCAACGAACCGCGUCAGAAUGAUUUGACGGAGGUGAAACACCUCAAGGAACUGUUGCUUCUUCAUCUCGAUUUGAUCCAACAACAGUCCGAACAAAUCGUUACCAAGGAUAAACUUUUAGCAGCACUUCGACAAGAGAACGAAACGCUUAAACUACGUUUAGAACGUAUGGACAGACGUGUGAACUUACAAAAAUUGAGAUCUGAAAAUAAUGAAAAUUCCAUUACAUCGGAGCACAUCGAAGCGUGUUCUCCUCCAAACAUCAAUUCUGUAAAUGUGCCAUCGACCAGUGAGAUUCAUAGGAAUGUUCAGACGGAGAACAAUAAUUCUCAGUAUAACGAAAGCUUUAAAAUACGUUUGAACACUAGCGGUGGAAUUACCACCGUCAAACAAGAACCAAACGAUAAUCAAGGCAAACUCGAGGCAAAAAUAGAAACUAGUAGCGAUAGUAGAUUAGAAUGGGAAGAGAGAAAGAAAAGGAGAUCGGACCCGAUACCAUUAUCCAGUGGAAGCAAAAGAAAAAGGGGUGUUUCGUGUUCGUCCACGAUCAGCAAUGAUACUUCUUCGACGGUACAGGACAAGGUGUUGGCCCACGAAUCGAAUAGAAAAGGAGAUAGAAAGGGCAAGCUGUUAGCAAAGAAACAAUCUUUUCUUACAACCGAAGAACAUUAUUAUACAGCCGUUGGCGACUCUAAUUAUACGUUAAGUUUGAAAGAACCUAGUCCUGUGGAAUGCGAUACCUCUUUGGAAGUACCAAAUUGGAGAGUAAAAAUAUAUACAAGCUGUUAUACGAUGGAAGGAACUGAAAAUUUAGACGAUGAAAUUUUCAAUAAGAGACAUUUAAAAUUGGAAAACGAUGAACGGAGAAGAAAAAGGUGGGACGUACAAAGGAUAAGAGAGCAGAGGCACAUAGAAAAACUGAAGCAGAGGCAAGAACGUCAAAAUCAUCAAGCUACCUGUUACAAUACAAAUCAUACAGGUCCCUGUCCUUCCACGGUCGAAGAAGAAGCUGUGUCGUCGCUAUGGCCUGAUAUAGAACAAAUACAAAGUCUACAAGUGGAUGCCCAAUUACCUAUUACCGCAUUUGGUGCUCCUAUUCCUAGUUUUACUCCAAGCGAAUUUUCUUUACCUUGGUCAAACAUGCCACGAUCAACUAGUCGGCGUCCAAAACGAUCGACAGGUAGAAGAAAAUCUACUCGGAGAUAAACUUUUACGCGACGACAGACUCGACUACCUUUGUCUUAUUAAUUUUUAAUCUUUCUGAUAGACUUGCUCCCUUAUAUUCCCGUUCUCUUUUCUAACAUCAUAUUCUUUAUAUUACUUGAAAUAGGGGCACCAAAGAUAUUUUUAUUACCUUUUUUAAAAUACAAUUCAGGAAAGAUAAUCAUAACUGAUAGGAGUACCUACCACCUUUUUAUUUUCUUCAUAAUUGUCGAUAAACCGUUCACUUAUUGCGAAAAUUUGUUUCAGAAAAUACUGAUUUUGCGAUUCGUUUCGUUCAAUUCGGUUGAAAGAAUCAUUUUAUUCGUACAACUACGUAUAUUGUUGCAAUUUGAUAAAAACAUACAUUAUUCAUUCAUUUGAUUUUAAUUAGUAUUUAUUAUUUAUAUCUGAAAUCUCAAUCGGAAUUGUACAAAUUAUUAUAAUAAUAAUAAUCAUCAUUAACUUACACACGCUCAGAUCGCAUGUAUUGUGUUUUGCAAUAGUUUGUAUAACGUUUCAUUUAAAAUUUAUAUUUCGAUUGAAUUGGGAAUAUAGAAAUAUGCAGAAACGCAUGCUGCAGAUACAAAAUUUGAAAAUUAAUCUGUUGCGACCACACGCGAGCGAACAAUACGAUCUAUCUCAGAUUCCUCGUAGCCCCUUUUCUUUGGUCUCGAAAGGACAAAAUUUUGGUAAAGGACAAAAUUCGUACCAAUGAAAUUGUCCCAUAACUAUUUCCAAAAAGUACCAAUGGUACAAAUGUAUUUAUUGUAUUAAAAUAUUUAUUCUUAAGGACUAGAAUACUCUUGAAACGGUGAAAACACAUGUAGUUGAUAGAAUAGAUCCUAAAAAAUUCAAAACCAUAUUGAAUCAGAUGUUUGCAAAUCUUAUUUAUUAUUAAAUAAGUUUCAAGAUAGUACAAAUCCGAAAGUUUCAAAGAACAUUAAGUCUGUGUUGAAAAGCAAAUUCUACUCAAUAUGAUUUUGAAGCGUUUAGAACGUUUACAUUACGAUGUAUUCCGAUAAGCAUCUCGUGCGUCCAUCCGGUAAAUUAUCUCAGCUAUGUUGCACCCUUUGUGGACCAUUUUUGUAGUAUAAUAAACAUAAAUUGUCUAAUUAUCUA